CGCGCCAUUCAAAUUUCUCACCAGCGGAUCAUCGAACUCCCCGUGAGGAUUUAACCGGCAUCUUCUUACCCCUUUCAACUCGUUUGAAACCAACUUUUCAUCAUGAGGGAAUGUAUCAGCGUCCACGUCGGCCAGGCCGGAGUCCAGAUGGGCAAUGCCUGCUGGGAAUUGUACUGUCUGGAACACGGUAUCCAGCCUGAUGGCCAGAUGCCCUCAGACAAGACCAUCGGAGGGGGAGAUGACUCCUUCAACACCUUCUUCAGUGAGACUGGAGCUGGCAAGCACGUUCCCAGGGCCGUGUUUGUAGAUCUGGAACCCACUGUUGUUGAUGAGGUACGUACCGGAACAUACAGGCAGCUUUUCCACCCCGAGCAGCUCAUCACCGGCAAAGAGGAUGCUGCUAACAACUACGCAAGAGGUCACUACACUAUUGGAAAGGAAAUUGUUGACUUGGUUCUUGACCGCAUCAGGAAGUUGGCUGACCAGUGUACCGGUCUUCAGGGAUUCCUCAUCUUCCACAGCUUCGGCGGUGGUACCGGAUCUGGAUUCACCUCCCUCCUCAUGGAACGUCUCAGUGUUGACUACGGAAAGAAAUCCAAACUGGAAUUCGCCAUCUACCCAGCUCCCCAGGUCUCCACUGCCGUUGUUGAGCCUUACAACUCCAUCCUGACCACCCACACCACCCUUGAGCACUCUGACUGUGCCUUCAUGGUCGACAACGAGGCUAUCUACGAUAUCUGCCGCAGAAACUUGGACAUUGAGCGACCAACAUACACCAACUUGAACCGUCUGAUUGGUCAGAUUGUCAGCUCAAUCACUGCCUCCCUCCGAUUUGAUGGUGCCCUGAACGUCGACUUGACCGAGUUCCAGACCAACUUGGUGCCAUACCCACGUAUCCACUUCCCUCUGGCUACAUAUGCCCCAGUCAUCUCUGCCGAGAAGGCCUACCAUGAGCAGCUUUCAGUUGCUGAAAUCACCAAUGCCUGCUUCGAGCCUGCCAACCAGAUGGUGAAAUGCGAUCCCCGUCACGGCAAAUACAUGGCCUGUUGCAUGUUGUACAGAGGUGAUGUUGUGCCCAAGGAUGUCAACGCUGCCAUCGCCACCAUCAAGACCAAGAGGACCAUCCAGUUCGUCGACUGGUGUCCCACUGGUUUCAAGGUCGGAAUCAACUACCAGCCACCCACCGUUGUUCCAGGAGGUGAUCUGGCCAAGGUCCAGCGUGCCGUGUGCAUGUUGAGCAACACCACCGCCAUCGCUGAGGCCUGGGCUCGUCUUGACCACAAGUUCGAUCUGAUGUACGCCAAGCGUGCUUUCGUCCACUGGUACGUCGGAGAGGGUAUGGAAGAGGGAGAAUUCUCUGAGGCUCGUGAGGAUUUGGCUGCUCUGGAGAAGGACUACGAAGAGGUCGGAGUCGACUCCGUUGAGGGUGAAGGAGAAGAGGAGGGUGAGGAAUAUUAAAUUUCCUGCCAAAAUGACUUUAACUACCCGAUUGAAUAUGUUGUCUUUAAGACCUGGACCUCAUUGUUAACUCACAUUUCCAAUACACCUUGCUAUGUGUUACAAUGUUGUGUUUGUUUACAAGAUAUAUUUCAUGUUGGGACGGUUAAUAAACCUGAUCUGAUAAAAA